AUGCCGGGCCCCGGGGUCACUCCCGGCCGGGGCGGCGCCGGGGCGGGCGGCGGGGAGCGGCGGCCGGACAGACGCCGCGGGGCCCCCCGCCUGGGGAGCCUGGGGAUGGCGCUGGCGCUGGCCCUCCUCCCCGCCCUGGCUCUCCGGACCCCCGCGGCGGCCCACCCGCUCCCCGUCCAAGGCCUUUUCGCCAGUUUCGGCGGCCUGGUGUCCCAGGACGGGGGCUCCUUUGGAUGGAGGAACCUCACCUGCCCGGCCUGCAAAAGCCUCUUCACCGUCCUCGACUUCGGGCUGCAGAAAGAGAAUAACGUGGCCCGGGUGGGCUCCCUGGCCACCAAGCUGUGCCAGCUGCUGAAGAUCGCCCCCCCGGCCGUGUGCCAGUCGGCCGUCCAGCUCUUCGAGGACGACAUGGUGGAGGUGUGGAGACGCUCGGUGCUGAGCCCGUCGGAGGCCUGCGGCCUGCUCCUGGGCCCCAGCUGCGGGCACUGGGACAUCUUCUCCUCUUGGAACAUCUCUCUGCCCGCCGUGCCCAAGCCGGCUCCCCGGCCGCCCGGUCCGCCGGCCCCGGGGGCCCCCGUCAGCCGAGUCCUCUUCCUCACGGACCUGCACUGGGAUCGGGACUAUCUGGAGGGCACGGACCCCGACUGCGGAGACCCACUGUGCUGCCGCCGGGGCUCCGGCCCGCCGCCCCCCUCCCGCCGGGGCGCCGGGCACUGGGGCGAGUACAGCAAGUGCGACCUGCCCCUGCGGACGCUGGAGAGCCUGCUGAGCGGGCUGGGCCCCGCCGGCCCUUUCGACAGGGUGUACUGGACGGGAGACAUCCCCGCCCACAACGUCUGGCACCAGUCCCGCCAGGACCAGCUGCAGGCCCUGACCACCGUGACGGCCCUCGUGAAGAAGUACCUGGGGCCCGUGCCCGUGUACCCUGCCGUGGGCAACCACGAGAGCACGCCCGUCAACGGCUUCCCGCCCCCCUUCAUCGAGGGCAACCACUCUUCCCGCUGGCUCUACGAGGCCAUGGCCGAGGCGUGGGGGCCCUGGCUGCCCGCGGAAGCCCUUCCCACCCUCAGAACUGGGGGGUUCUAUGCCCUUUCCCCAAGCCCCGGCCUCCGCCUCAUCUCUCUCAAUAUGAAUUUUUGUUCCCGUGAGAACUUCUGGCUCUUGAUCAACUCCACAGAUCCCGCUGGGCAGCUCCAGUGGCUGGUGGGGGAGCUUCAGGCCGCAGAGGAUCGAGGAGACAAGGUGCAUAUAAUCGGCCACAUCCCCCCAGGGCACUGCCUGAAAAGCUGGAGCUGGAAUUAUUACCGGAUUGUAGCCAGGUACGAGAACACCGUGGCCGGUCAGUUCUUCGGCCACACCCACGUGGAUGAGUUUGAAAUCUUCUAUGACGAGGAGACCCUGAGCCGGCCGCUCUCUGUAGCCUUCCUGGCGCCCAGUGCCACCACCUACAUCAGCCUGAAUCCCGGUUACCGGGUCUACCUAAUAGACGGCAACUACCCCGGGAGCUCUCACGUGGUCCUGGAUCACGAGACCUACAUCCUGAACCUGACUCAAGCCAACGAGCCGGGGGCCACGCCGCACUGGCAUCUCCUCUACCGGGCUCUCGAGACCUACGGGCUGCCCAACGCGCUGCCCGCCGCCUGGAACGACCUGGUGUACCGCAUGCGGGGCGACCCGCAGCUAUUCCAGACCUUCUGGUUCCUCUACCAUAAGGGCCACCCGCCCUCCGAGCCCUGUGGCACGCCCUGCCGCCUCGCCACCCUGUGCGCCCAGCUCUCCGCCCGCUCCGACAGCCCUGCCCUGUGCCGCCACCUGGUGCCCGAGGCGAGCAUCUCCGAUGUCCGGAGCCAUCAGCGAAGGCCGCUCUGCUAG